CAGGGCUCCUUCCUGAUGGGCAAAACAGCUGGCUGCCCGGGGAAAACAGCUGGCCUCGCCCCAGCUUCCUGAGGACGGAGGCAGAGCCUCAGAGGAGGAUAGCUCCCCAUCUGGGGUCCUGGGAGAGGAGGGCAUGGCCAAGAGGGAGAGGGUGGUUCUCCGGAGUGGGUGUGGGCGUUGGGUGGGACCCCUGGAGAGGAGAGGGUGUGGGCAGACUCCUGGAGCAGAGGCCAAGGUAUGCUAGGUCUAUGUAGAAUGGGCAGAGUGACUCCAGCUGGGCAAGGGGGUCUCGGGCUCCCCUCAAAGAGGAAAGAUGAGGGCCAGGGGAGCCAAUGGGGGUCGAGCCUGCACUCAGCUCAGCCCUGGGUCUUCUUGGAAUGGGGCUUGGAACCGGAGCCAGGAAGGAGCACAGGUGGGUCUCCUGGACUCCUAUCUACCGAGCUGCACCCAGGACCAGAAGCAGGGCAGGAGCCCCUCCUCUGGCCAGGAUGCUGGGCUCCCUUGGCCGCAAAGCAGGACAGGGGCCCAGAGAGCCCCCAACCCAGGAGACGUGAAGCUGGCAGCUGGGCCGGAGCAGCGCCGGCGCUGGCGGCGGAGGCGAGGACGACGCCGCGUGCAAGACGCCGCGCUCAGGACGCAGCUGGAUGGCGCGCCCGGGUCCCGGGGACCCCAGCCCCCCGCCCCGCCCCCCAAGCCGGAGUCGCCGCGCAGGUCUGAGAAGUUCCGCGUGGGCCCGCCAGAGGGCGUCCGGGGGUGGGGCGGAGGAGGGGCGGGAACCGGGGAGCCCGGCUAG